AUGUCCGCCAAACCCACGCAGAAUGCUCGACCUUUCGAUGCGGUCAUCUUUGACCUAGACGGUACUCUAUUCGAUCAUACUCAUUCCUCGAUACAGGCUAUGGCAAAACUGCAAAGUAUGUGGCCCGAAUUAAAACAAUUUCCCAUCGGAACGCUCAACCUCGCAUACCAACGUGCACUUAAUCGCGCCUACGAUGAUUAUCUCGCAAACAAAAUUACCUACGAAGCGAAAGAUAUCGAGAAGGUCCGAAAUUUCUUCACCACUCUUCGUCUUCCCACUCCAUCACAGGCUGAGAUGGAAAGGUUUCGCGACAGAUAUAAGACAAUAUACCGCGCCGCAUACAGUACAACCACCCACAGCCUGGAGACCCUGCAACGGUUGAGAAUUAUGGGAAUAACGGUCGUCAUCCUCACAAAUGGACAACAGAAACAUCAAGAGGAAAAGGCGGCUGCUCUUGGCAUACUUCCUCUCGUCGACUGUCUGAUUAGCUCAGAGGUGAUAGGAUACAGUAAGCCGGAUAGUCGGGCAUUUCAAUUUGUCAUCGACAUGCUGGGCUAUCCGACUGACCGAAUUCUUAUGGUCGGCGACUCGGCCAGGGCAGACAUCAUGGGGGCUUUGGGAGUGGGAUUGAGCGCAUUGUGGUACGCCCCUGAGUCAGACGAUGACUCAGACUUCAAUGAUGAACUGAAGCCUGAGAGUCGCCGCGUAAUCCGAAGUAUCAAUGAAGUUUUAUACUUUGUCACACCUCGAGUCAAAUACGAUGGGAACGAGCGUUUACACUAA